AUGAGAAGCUCAACAGUAGGUCGAAUGAACCAGAAAAAGAAGGAAGUGACAUGUGGAAUUGCUACCAAAAGUAAUAGUUCCAGAUCAACUGGAAAAUUAAUUGCAUCAGCAAAGAAUAAUUCCACUGCAAAGAAUCAGGAUGUUUCCCCUAGGCAAAUAAACAAAAUUUCACCUGCUGCAUCAGAAGGUGAACCAUCAGGAAUCCGUUAUAUAGCUUAUCCUAUAGCAACUACUAUACCCUUCAACAGGACUCUCUCCACAUCAACUCCUGACCCAGAAAAACAAACCCCAUCCAAACAAGUCAACAGUGAGGGUGUUCAAUCAGUCUCUGCUCAGGAACUUACAGACCAUUAUGUCCAGCAUCCAAAUUCAAAUAUGCACGACCUUCCACCUCUUCAGUGGCAAAGUGUAGAGGCUUUGGCUGGUGCUAAAACCCUUCGAUUUAUGAUAAAUGAAUUAGAAGAAAUUUGCAAGUCAGCAAACCAGCCCGAGAUAAACAGAUUGAUAAAACAGAUUCAACAAGUGGUCAACUCUCUUCCUCAAUUAAGUGAUACAUUUGACUUACAGACUGAAAUUGGGCUCUCUCUCCAGCCACUACGAAAUGAAAAUAGCCAAUUACGAAGACGUUUGCGGAUUAUUACUGAAGAAGCCAGUCAGGAAAAAGAGAAAAUUGAAGCUGAACAAAGGAGACAAACAUUGGAACUGCAGCUGCAACUUCUGAAUCUUGAAAAACGAGUUGAUGAAGAGAAACUUUCCAAACAUCAGCAGUUACAGCAACAUGAAGAAUUGGUGAAGGAAUUGAAUUUACUUAAAAUGGAAAGACAGUCUCUUGUCAAGGAUCUUGGCCAAAGGGAAACUUCACAGUUUGAUAUACGCCGUGAGAACUGGGAAGAAAAUCGGAAACAUUUGCGUGAAAUUGAAAUUUUGCAGAAAGAAAUAGAACAUAAAAUGCUAGCAUUAGAAGCUGCCGAGAAAAAGAAUCAUAUUCUGCAAAUUACAGUUGAACAAAGAGACAUGGAAAUAUCUCGAAUGCAUGAAAUUUUAGUCUCUGCUCGAGAAGGGAUGAAAGAACUUAUUCACAAUCUGUGCGAGUCAAAAAAUACUCCCCCUGAAGCAAUAAGAAAUAAUGUUGGAUUAAAAAAAAUCCAUCUAAUAUACAUAUUUGUUGACAAACUAAUUUUUUCUUUUCUUUUUUUCUUUUCUUUUUUUCUUUUUUUCUUUUUUCUUUUUUCUUUUUCUUUUUCUUCUUUUUCUUUUUUUUUCUUUUUUCUUUUUUCUUCUUUUUUUUUCUUCUUUUCUUUUUUUUUUUUUUUUCUUCUUUUCUUUUUUUCUCCUUUUCUUUUUUUCUCCUUUUCUUUUUUUCUCCUUUUCUUUUUUUCUCCUUUUCUUUUUUUCUCCUUUUCUUUUUUUCUCCUUUUCUUUUUUUCUCCUUUUCUUUUUUUCUCCUUUUUUUUUUUUUUCCUUUUCUUUUUUUCUUCUUUUUUUUUUUUUUUUUUCUUCUUUUUUCUUUUUCUUCUUUUUCUUUUUUCUUCUUUUUCUUUUUUCUUCUUUUUCUUUUUUCUUCUUUUUCUUUUUCCUUUUUCUUUUUUCUCCUUUUUCUUUUUUUUUUUUUUUUUCUUCUUUUUCUUUUUUUUCUUUUCUUCUUCUUUUUCUUCUUUUUUCUUUUCUUCUUCUUUUCUUUUUUCUUCUUCUUUUCUUCUUCUUUUUCUUCUUUUCUUCUUCUUUUCUUCUUCUUUUCUUCUUCUUUUUUCUUCUUCUUUUUCUUCUUUUUUUCUUCUUUUUUCUUUCUUUUUUUCUUCUUCUUUUCUUCUUUUUUCUUCUUCUUUUCUUCUUUUUUUCUUUUUUUUCUUUUUUUCUUCUUUUUUCUUCUUCUUUUCUUCUUCUUUUUUUCUUCUUUUUUUUCUUUUCUUUUUUUCUUCUUCUUUUCUUCUUUUUUUCUUCUUCUUUUCUUCUUUUUUUCUUCUUUCUUCUUUUUUCUUCUUUCUUUUCUUCUUUUUUUCUUCUUUUCUUCUUUUUUCUUCUUCUUUUUCUUCUUCUUUUCUUCUUUUUUUUCUUCUUCUUUUUCUUCUUUUCUUCUUCUUCUUUUUUUUUUCUUUUUUCUUUUCUUCUUUUCUUCUUUUUUCUUUUUUCUUCUUCUUUUUUCUUUUUCUUUUUUUUUUUUUUUUUUUUUUUUUUGCUUUUUUUUUUUUUUUUUUUUUUUUUUUUUUGGCCUCCUUUUUUGCUUUUUUUGUAGGAGAACCAUAG